AUGGUCAGCUUUGGACUCGGAAUCCGCAAAUCCAACCAUAAACGCUCCGUGUCCGAUUCCUCCGCCGCCGCCAAUUCCUCUUCCUCUUCCUCUUCGACAACAGUUUCAUCCGCCUCGACCGUGACCGCGUUCUCGUCAUCUUCUAGACACGGCACUACACAUAUGGCAUCCACCUCUGCCGCCUCCAUCGCCUCGGCUGCAGGCGCCAACUCGGCGUCGUCCAUGCAGGGCGUUCUUGUUGAACGCUCCAAAUCAAAGAUGAACGUCCUCGAUUGUCUGCACCACCAGCGCGAUUCUCCCGAUCCCCACGCCCGAUAUGUCUCCAUCGGAGCAUCUUCAACUGGUCGCAGCAUGGGCGCCCGUGUAAACUCGCCACGAGCGACCCGACACGACGAUAGCGCGCUCCACCGAAGCAUUUCAUCCUCGACCUCGUCUGCAUCGACCGCCUCGAUGGCAUCGACU